AUGAAGAAAACUACGAUAAUUUUUUUCAUUGUGGCGUCACUUAUAUUUUUGGCCAUCGUCAUUAUGGGGGUGCAAAUGUCUUCAUACGGGAACAACACCAAAUAUACAGACAGACCAUGUCCUCACAACAACUACCGGCGACAAUGGGUGGCUCUGACGGACAAUAGAAUAAACCAGACGCUCAUAAACAGGUUUCCCUACGUGGCUGCCGUUAUGAGGAAUGCCACCAGCUUAUGGAAUUUCGCUUGUUUUGCCAGCGUGAUUCUCAUGAAAUGGAUUGUUACUUCUGCACAUUGCAGGCAACCAGGUCACACUCACCGUGUGGUCCUCUUCCAAGAUUACGCGCGCAACCAGUCUCACUCCUACCCCAUCCUCUUCUGGAGGAUCCACGAGAAGUACAACUCUACUGUCCCUAACGCCAAGUAUGAUAUAGCAGUCGCCAGAAUGAACGUCAACCAUUACCACUCUGCAAUCAAACCAGCUGACUUCGACGAGAAAGCAGCAACCGCAAUAGUAGCAAGUGUCUGGAAAACCGUCUCGACGAUGGAUAAGAAGCUCUACUUAACCAACCACUUCGAUAAGUACGAAAUGAAUAUCAGCAACAAGGGAAAAUGCUUCGAGACUUACGGAGUUGAAAUGGACGAUAGCUUGAUCUGCAUAGACACAUCAGCUUACGAAGACUGCUUCGUCCACGAAUAUGGACCCAUUUUCUCCGGAGACAAAGUAGUGGGCGUUAUAGCUAUUACGCCGGUUGAAUGUGAUAUGAAAUACUCGGUGUUUACAAAUAUUUCUUAUUACACGAGUUGGAUUUUGAGAUCGACUUACGAUGCAUGA